AGGCCACGUCGAGCAGGGGAAUUGGCAAACGAGAGUGCCGCUGCUGAAAAAACCAGUCAAACCACCAACAGGGCCGUGUCGUCGCCGGAAACUACAGCGGGUGGGAAGCGGCGAUUUGGAUGGCGGGGCAGUCGCGCAAGUGGAUGAUACUGGUGGCGACGAUAUGGAUCCAGGCCUUCACGGGGACGAACUUCGACUUCUCGGCGUACUCGUCGGAGAUGAAGGCGGUGUUGGGGAUAUCGCAGGUGCAGCUGAACUACCUGGCGGUGGCGUCCGACCUCGGAAAGGCCUUCGGAUGGUCCUCCGGCCUCGCCUCCCUGUGCCUCCCCUUGUGGGUCGUCACGUUCGUCGCCGCCUUCAUGGGCUUCUUCGGCUAUGGCCUCCAGUGGCUUCUCAUUCGCAACGUCAUCGCCUUGCCUUAUUUCCUGGUAUUUCUCCUGUGCUUGCUCGCUGGCUGCAGUAUUUGCUGGUUCAACACAGUCUGCUUCGUGUUGUGCAAUAAAAAUUUCCCAACCAAUCGACCUCUAGCCAUCUCUCUCACCGUCAGCUUCAAUGGCGUAAGUGCAGCAUUAUAUGCCUUGGCUGCUACAUCCAUCGAGCACUCAUCUCAUGCCAUCUAUCUUCUCCUUAACGCCAUCGUCCCCCUCAUAACCUCUUUUGUAGCUCUUGUCCCAAUUCUCCGCCAGCCCCCUCUGGAUCCCCUCCCUCCUGAUGCUGUUCGCCGCGAAUCCCUCAUCUUCCUCCUCCUCAAUUUCCUAGCCGUUGUCACUGGCAUCUAUCUGCUCCUCCUUAGUCCAACCGACUUGACAACUGCUCGCCUUCUCUUCAGCGGUGCCAUUUUCCUCCUCAUCCUCCCCUUGGGCAUCCCUGGCAUCGUCUAUGCUCGCGAUUGGGUAAGGAGAAACGUUCAUUCGAGCUUUCACCUUCAAGGGUCCGGCUUCCUUCUUGUUGAUGUGGAUGACCUUGAGCUCCACAAAGAGCUCAUCACCCGGGAGAAUAGCAGCUUAGGGACUGGAUCAGUUACUCAACUCGUGGAAGACCACAAUGGAUCCCCUUAUGCAGUAAGCCGGCAGAACACUGGAGUUAGUGACGGAUGUUGUGAUACAGUUAUAGAGAAAGAUCGGCUUUUAAUGCUGGGAGAAGAGCACAAGGCUCAGAUGCUAGUUCGUAGGCUCGAUUUUUGGCUAUACUAUGUUGCAUACUUCUGUGGAGGCACCAUUGGGCUAGUUUACAGUAACAAUCUUGGUCAGAUUGCGCAAUCUCUCGGGCAAGGUUCCAAUACCUCAACCCUCAUCACCCUGUAUUCAUCUUUCUCGUUCUUUGGCCGAUUGCUUUCUGCUGCCCCGGACUUCUUGCGUGUGAAGGUUUAUUUUGCAAGGACCGGGUGGAUGGCCAUCGCUCUUUUGCCAACGCCAAUUGCCUUCUUUCUGCUAGCUUCAUCGGGAAGUGCGAUUACACUGCAAGUAGGGACUGCGUUGAUCGGGUUGAGCUCUGGCUUCAUAUUUGCUGCUGCUGUUUCAGUGACAUCCGAGCUGUUCGGCCCUUACAGUGUCGGUGUCAACCACAACAUUCUCAUCACCAAUAUCCCAGUUGGAUCACUAGUCUACGGAGUCCUUGCUGCCCUAGUUUAUGAUGCCAAUGCAACUCCAAGCUUCGCCAGCAUUGUGGCUGACUCGCUGGUGUGCAUGGGCCGGAAAUGCUAUUUCUUAACAUUUGUGUGGUGGGGAUGCAUCUCUCUUCUCGGACUUGCUUCGAGUGUGCUGUUAUUCUUAAGAACUCGACCUGCCUACGAACGAUUUGAAAAGGAUAGGAGCCGGUUAUCUGCACAACUUUACUAACCGACUUAUCACCAAAGAGAGGAGAGUACUGCAAGAUCAAGUCCAAGCAAAUUAAGCAUAUAAUUCAUUACAUGGAAAUACAUAUUAUUCUUUUCGUUACUUUUAUCAUCUGUGUAUCAAGUUUUUUGCAAGAAAUGAAUCGUCAAAUAUCACUAUGCCUUUUACACAAGAAAUGAAGUUUUUGCCACUAA